UCCCGACCUCUCGAGCCCUCUCCAGGGUCCAAAGCUUCCCCUCCCCUGCACAGGCCCUGGCAGCUCGGAGGGAGCAUGUGGCGGCCUUAGUAUCGGCGGCUGCCUCUUGGGCAACUACAGGUCCCAGCAGGCACUGCGGCUAGCUGCCCUCCGGACACAACACAUCCCUAAGGCCUCGGCCUUCGUUUUUUCCCUAGGAGACGGGCCGCUUUCGUUGCUCCGCAUUGUGGCUUCAUUCCGUUUUUCGGACGGAAUUGGACUUAGGUGGAAUUGGUCCCUCCACCGGGCACCAGCAUCCGAUGAAAAGCUACAGAGGGCAGCGGCCAUUUUUUACUUGGGGCGAGUGUGUUGAUGGACUGGAGGAAGGAGGGUCCCUCAGCUGGGAAAAUAGGUAUCUUCAUAUUUUAAUGAUCUUCUGGUCAUUUGUGGCUGGAGUUGUCACUUUCUACUGCUCAUUAGGACCGGAUACUCUUUUGCCAAAUAUUUUCUUCACAAUAAAAUACAAGUCCAAGCAUUUAGAACUCCAAGAACUGUUUCCCCAAGGUCACAGCUGUGCUGUGUGUGGAAAAGUGAAAUGUGAAAGGCACAGACCUACUUUGCUGCUUGAAAACUACCAGCCCUGGCUAGACCUUAAAGUAUCUUCCAAAGUUGAUGCAUCUCUCUCAGAGUCUUUUCAAAGGAAAUCCUGUUACGCCUGGUUCACAGUAUUGAUAAUUAGUGCCACUGCCUUUCUGUGGUUAAAGACAGAAGAAAUACCCAUUUUGCAUUCUACCCAGGUGCUUGAAUUAGUGUUGGAAAACUUUGUUUAUCCUUGGUACAGAGAUGUAACUGAUGAUGAGUCUUUUGUUGAUGAACUGAGAGUAACAUUGCGGUUUUUUGCAUCUGUACUAGUCCGAAGAAUUCACAAGGUGGAUAUCCCAGCAGUUAUAACCAAGAAAAUGUUAAAAGCUGCAAUGAAACACAUAGAAAUGAUAUCUAAAGCAAGUCAGAAAGUGAAAAAUGCAGAAUUUUUACAACAAGCUACUUUAGAAGAAUAUGGGCCAGAACUUCAUGUGGCUUUGAGAAGUCGAAGAGAUGAGUUACAUUAUUUGAGGAAACUUACUGAAUUACUUUUCCCUUAUAUUUUGCCCCCUAAAGCAACAGACUGCAGAUCCCUGACUUUACUUAUAAGAGAGAUCCUGUCUGGUUCUGUUUUUCUUCCUUCUUUGGAUUUCCUAGCUGAUCCAGAUACUGUGAAUCAUUUACUUAUCAUCUUCAUAGAUGACAGUCCACCUGAAAAAGCAACAGAACCUGCUUCCUCUUUGGUUCCUUUCUUGCAGAAAUUUGCAGAGCCUAGAAAUAAAAAACCUUCUGUACUGAAGUUAGAAUUGAAGGAGAUUAGAGAACAGCAAGAUCUUUUGUUUCGCUUCAUGAAUUUUCUGAAACAAGAAGGAGCAGUGCAUGUGUUACAGUUUUGUCUGACUGUGGAGGAAUUCAAUGACAGAAUUUUGAGACCAGAGUUAUCGAAUGAUGAAAUGAUGUCCCUUCAUGAAGAGGUGAAGAAAAUAUAUAAAACCUAUUGUUUGGAUGAAAGUAUUGACAAAAUUAGAUUUGAUCCUUUUAUUGUGGAAGAGAUUCAAAGAAUUGCUGAUGGCGUCUAUAUAGAUGUUGUGAAACUUCAAACUAUGAGAUGCUUAUUUGAAGCAUAUGAGCAUGUUCUUUCUCUUCUAGAGAAUGUAUUUACUCCUAUGUUCUGUCACAGUGAUGAGUAUUUCAGACAGCUUUUAAGAGGAGCAGAGUCACCAACACGAAAUUCAAAAUUCAACAGAGGUAGCCUAAGUUUGGAUGAUUUUCGGAGCACCCAGAAAAGAGGAGAAUCAUUUGGGAUUAGCAAAAUAGGCAGCAAAAUCAAAGGAGUAUUCAAGAGUACUACAAUGGAGGGAGCUAUGCUACCUAAUUAUGGUUUAACUGAAGGCGAGGAUGAUUUUAUUGAAGAAGGUAUUGUUGUAAUGGAAGAUGACUCUCCAGUAGAGGCUGUUAGCACCCCCAGUACACCCCGAAAUCUUGCUGCGUGGAAAAUAAGUAUCCCAUAUGUGGACUUUUUUGAUGAUCCCUCCUCUACUGACAGGAAGGAGAAAAAGGAAAGAAUUCCUGUAUUUUGUAUUGAUGUUGAAAGGAACGAUCGAAGAGCAGUCGGUCAUGAACCUGAACAUUGGUCUGUCUACAGAAGAUACCUUGAAUUCUAUGUUCUUGAAUCAAAACUAACAGAAUUUCAUGGUACAUUUCCUGAUGCUCAGCUUCCUUCCAAGAGGAUCAUUGGCCCUAAAAACUAUGAAUUUUUAAAGUCAAAGAGGGAAGAGUUUCAGGAAUAUCUGCAGAAACUUCUGCAACAUCCAGAGUUGAGUAAUAGCCAACUUCUGGCAGAUUUCCUCUCUCCGAAUGGUGGCGAGACACAGUUUCUGGAUAAGAUACUGCCUGAUGUAAAUCUUGGGAAAAUUAUAAAAUCUGUUCCAGGAAAACUAAUGAAAGAGAAGGGCCAGCAUUUGGAACCUUUCAUCAUGAAUUUCAUUAAUUCUUGUGAAUCCCCAAAGCCUAAACCAAGUAGGCCAGAACUAACAAUUCUCAGCCCAACUUCUGAAAACAACAAAAAGCUUUUCAAUGACCUGUUCAAGAACAAUGCAAACCGUGCUGAGAACACAGAGAGGAAACAAAAUCAGAAUUAUUUUAUGGAGAUGAUGACUGUAGAGGGUGUCUAUGAUUACUUAAUGUAUGUAGGUCGAGUGGUUUUCCGGAUUCCUGAUUGGCUUCAUCAUUUCUUGAUGGGAAUACGAAUCCUCUUGAAAAACACCUUAGAGACAUAUACUGAUUACUAUCUGCAGUGCAAACUAGAGCAGCUAUUUCAGGAACACCGUUUGGUCUCACUUAUAACACUUCUCAGAGAUGCUGUGUUUUGUGAAAACACUGAACCUCGUUCUCUCCAAGACAAGCAGAAACGAGCAAAACAGACCUUUAAAGAAAUGAUGAACUACAUUCCAGAUCUUAUAGGUAAAUGCAUUGGUGAUGAAGCUAAAUAUGAAGGUAUCAGACUUCUGUUUGAUGGCCUCCAGCAGCCAGUGCUCAACAAACAGUUGACUUACGUUUUAUUGGACAUUGUUAUACAGGAGCUUUUCCCAGAACUCAAUAAGGUACAAAAGGAUGUUACUUCUAUAUCAUCUUGGAUUUAACAAGCUGGACUCUAUACAGAAAACAAACAGUUAAUACCUGCCAUACCACUAGUACAGAAGAGAUAUAUCUUCUAUUCUUCCUUUGUAUAUUUUUGUAAAUAUCAUGUAAUUCAGUGUCUGAAAAUUGUAUUGCUUUUAUGUUUUAAUAAACACUAACACAGACUUAGUAUUGAUUGAAA